AUGUUGAUGGAAAUUGAUUCUUUAUCAAUUAUUUUAAUUUUAUUAAUUGUUUUAGUUGCUUUCAUUUCAAUUCGCAAUACUCCAAGCCCCGAUGUUCACCCUUUGCUAUUAACUUCUCAAUCGGAUCCUGCACGAGUUCGUAACCCCGACGAAACCGUUAUUUAUCGUUCCAAUAAUUCUGCUCAUGGAAUGCCACUAUUGUCUUCCCCUGACAAAAAUAUAAAAACUCUGGCUGAUUUGUUUCUUCAUGGUACUAGAGUUGGUAAAGAUUGUUUAGGUUUUAAAAAUGUUGGCGAUAACUAUGAUUGGAAUUGUGCUGGUAAAUGGAUUGUUGCAGAUUUAGCUGCUAGUCGCUACAGCCUAAUCACAGUGGCUUUACCAUGUAUUCCUCUCCGUCUAAAUGACAUUAUAAAACAGAUCAAAUUGACAGAAAUUAAUGUUGUUAUAGUGUCAAAAGAUACACUCCCAAUCAUUUUCUCUGCUGCUCCUUCAUGUCCAACUUUGAAAUAUGUGAUAUUGGCUGAGUCAGAAUUGGAAAAAACCACAAUAACUCAACAACAAUUGGAAACAGCAAAGACUUUGGAAUUAAAUUUGGUUACUUUUAAUUUUGUUGAAGAAGAAGGAUCUAUUUCUAAGUUGGAUCAUAUGCUUCCAGAUCCUGAAGAUACUGCGACAAUUGUUUUUACAAAUGGAACAACAUUCGGCGAACCUAAAGGAGUUGAAUUAUCACACAAAAACAUCGUGGCUGACGUUGCACAUAUCUUUGAAAGAAUAUCUGUUUUCUCAUUUCUUUAUUCUGGCGUAUCAAUUGCAUUUUAUAGUAGAGAUAUUAAUCAAUUGUUAAAUAAUAUACAAGAAGUACAACCUACUAUAUUCACCAGCGCACCACGUUUUCUAACAGGAUUUCAAGAAUCAAUAUUACAAACGAUGGGAGAUCAAUCACUGUUCAAAAAAGGAUAUGAAUCUAAAUUGUAUUAUUUAAAAAAAGGAAUGCUUUUAACAAACUCAAUAUGGGAUUAUUUGGUAUUUAAUGGUAAUGUUAAAGCAAAAUUUGGUGGUAAACUUCGUGUUCUAGUUGUUGGAGCUGGACCAAUUUCACAAUCUACACUUGAUUUUCUUAGAAUCACUGUUUCUUGUCAAGUAAUCCAAGCUUACGGUUUAACACAAUGUAGUGGUGCUGUCACAAUAAAUAGUUUUUAUGAUUAUCAAUCACCUGAAGAAAAUGAUGAUUCGGACGUGUCACAAUGUGGUGCACCUAUUGCAUGUAAUGAAAUCAAGUUGAUAAGUUAUGAAGAAAAAGGUUAUAGUGUUGAAGAUAAACCUAAUCCAAGAGGAGAGGUAUUCCACGAUUAUCAUAUUUGUGUUCGUGGACCAAAUGUAAUGAAAGGUUAUUAUAAAAGUCCAAACGAGACUUCUCAAACUAUUGCAUCGGACGGUUGGUUACGAACUGGCGAUAUUGGAAUGAUUUUACCAAAUGGAACUUUGAAAAUUAUUGAUCGUAAAUUGGCCCAUUAA